CAUGUCUGUCUCACUGGUAACAGACUCAUACCCGUCCAUCGACUGGUCAGUGGUCUCUGUGACCUCGGCAGGUACAAACGUCACAGGCUGGGAGCGUGAUGCCCUUCUGGCGGUGGCCGAGGUGGUGGUGCUGGCGGUCAUCUUGGUGAUGGCACUGCUCGGCAACGGGCUAGUGCUGGUGGUGUUGCUGAGGCGGAGACGACACCACAACCCGCUGCACCAGUUCAUGCUCAACCUCUGUGUGGCCGACCUGGUGGUGGCACUGUUCCAGGUGUUGCCCCAGCUGGUGUGGGAUGCAAAGGGACGGUUUCCCGGACCGGACAUCCUGUGUCGCCUGGUGAAAUACCUGCAGGUCCUUGGGAUGUUCGCCUCAUCCUACAUGAUUGUGGCUAUGACGGUGGACCGGCAUUAUGCCAUCUGCUGCCCUCUGCAGGCGCACCGCAGCGGGGCCACCCAGCGCUGGAACACCUUCAUCCUGCUGGCCUGGGGGAUGUCGCUGCUGCUCAGCCUGCCACAGGUUUUCAUCUUCUCCCGUUCAGAAGUGGCUCCCGGUAUCUAUGAGUGUUGGGGCAACUUUGCCGAGUCCUGGGGCCUCAAAGCCUACGUGACGUGGAUGACCCUGGCGGUCUUCAUCCUCCCUGCCCUCAUCAUCACUGUCUGCCAGGUGCGAAUCUUCAAGGAGAUCCACAACAACCUGUACCUAAAGUCAGAGCACCGCCUGUCCCCCGCCUACCUCACUCCAUCCAGACGGGACAGCCAAAGAGGAGGAGGAGGAGGCAGCAGAGGCAGGUCCACCCCCCCUGCCCGUGGUGGGGAGGUAUCAGCGGCCAUGUCAAAGACAGUGAGGAUGACGCUGGUCAUAGUGCUCGUCUACUCACUCUGCUGGGCCCCGUUCUUCAGUGUCCAGCUGUGGGCCGCCUGGGACCCCAACCCACCUCAAAACGGUGCCGUGUUCACCCUGCUGAUGCUGCUGGCCAGUCUGAACUCCUGCACCAACCCCUGGAUCUACUCUGCCUUCUCCAGCAGCGUCUCUCCGGAGCUCCGCCUGCUGCUGCUCUGUCGCAGACACAAAGCGCACAGAGGCUCCUUGCCCAACGACUCCACCACCACACACACCUCCAACUAGUGAACAAUUAUACACGAGCCCAAAAACAUCUGCAAAAUCCUGUCAUGUCACACAUAAGACACGCGACUGAGUCUGUAAGGUGUAACUCUCUGGACAAUACUAACGUUACAAAACUAGAGUGCUUACUUUUUUACCUGAUUGUUGUUUAAAAAAAUUUGUUGACAUUUUGGGAAAUACACUUUUUCUUGCAGAGAGUUAGAUGAGAAGAUCGAUCCAUGAAUGAAGAUGUAUGAUAAAGUAAUAAGAUAACAAGAUAUGAAGCUAAGGUUAACACAGCCAGGGACAGCUUAGAAUAUAGACUGGAAAUGGGGAAAUAGCUAGCCUGGCUCUGUCCGAAAGCUCACUAAUUAACACGUUAAAUCUUAUUUGUUUAAUUUGUAUAAAAAAACAAAGUCUAAAAAUGAGAAAUUUUGGUUUUACAUGCGGCUAUGCGCUGGAUUAUUUAUUGGCCAACGGCAGUGACUCCCUCGUGAAAUUAAAGAGGUCAUGUUCUGUUUUUUGGCUUUUUCCCUUUACUUUAUAAUAAUAAUAAUAAUAAUAACUUAUUAUAUAGCCUUUCACAGGACCCAAGGAAGGUUUACACAUAACUACAGAGACAGAACAAUGAAAGGUCAUUCAGGAUUGAAUGACCUUGGUAAAGAGGUUUUGAGUAGAUUUGUGAAAGUGUUCAGAUCUCUGUGGGGAUGGAGUUCCAGUAGUGGGAGCUGCGACGCUGAAGGCUCUGUCCCCAAACGCCCGGAGUCUGGUGUGGGGGGACAGAGAGGGUGGAGAAGGUCCAGUAGGUACUUGGGGUCAGUGGCAUGGAGAGAUUUAUAGGUGAAGUGGAGGAUUUUGUAGGUGAUGUGGAAUUUGACCAGGACCCAGUGAAGCUGAGUGAGGAUUGGGGUGAUGUGAUGCCACGGCCUAGUGUGAGUGAGCACCCUGGCAGCCGAGUUCUGUACAUAUUGCAGCCUGUCCAGGACCUUGCAUGGUACCCCGUACAAGACACCACUGCAGUAAUCCAAGCGGGAGGUAAUGAAGGCAUGGGUGAGUGACUCAGAGUCUGAGAGUGAAGGUCAAAGUCUGGAGAUGUUUUUGAGGUGGUAGAAGUCUGACUUUGGAAACUGGUCAUUUGGAGUUUGAUAUGCGACUGGAAUGAGGAAGGGUGGAGUCCUAAAUCACACCAAGGUUGCGGACUUCUUGGGAUGGGGAGAUGGAGCAACCAUCCAUCCAUCCAUCCAUCGUCAACUGCUUAUCCUGCGUACAGGCUCGUUUGGUCGUAUGGUCUUUUUUGAAAAUUAAACCAUGUAAACCUGUUCUGGUCCAACCCCUAAAUACAAUUAUGAACCUGAACCCGCCAACAAGCACAUAUAAAGCUCUCAAAAUAACACGUUAUAUUAAUACCUCCAUAAAAUGAAGAGUAGAGACAAUUCAAGUUGUAAUACCUGACUGACUAUUUCUGAGCCUUUGCUAGGCAAAGGCCUAACAUAGGUAGUUACUGCUUGGUUUAUGGCAAAUUCUCAUUUAUAGUGAGUUUAACAAACAAGAUGUAUGAAUUUGUGCGCUUUAGAGGUGCCGUUAGGGGGACUUGGCUUCCUUUUGAUAGCGCCAGGAUAGCGGUUUCCAGUCUUUAUGCUAAGCUAAGCUAACCAGUUGCUAGCGUGUAGCAGUCACGGGUUCCUUUUCGAGAGCCGACUCUUUGGGCUCCCAAACGGCUCUUCGUUUAGCGCCACUUCUGCCGGUCACUGAGAGUUAGAUUCUGAUUUCUUGCAAGAAAUAAAUAUGCAAGAUUCUUCAUUUGCAGUACAUUGAAAUAUUCUGUCAUAUUGAUGGUUAAAAAGUGGCAUAUGUCAAGAAUUGCUAUCCUACUGGGAAAAUAAUACUAAUGAAAUAGUAUGAUUAACAAUUACACAACACUAUAGACACAUACUGUACGUUUCAAUUAAAUUGGUAUGAUAUAAUAUAAAAGCAUCUCUGCUCUGUUCCAAAGUGUAGUUUGUUCUUUAUCUUGCAUUUCUUUUUCCAGGAUAAUCCUAAAUACUAUUUCUGUAAGUACCAUAGCUAGUUCAGAUACAACCUGCUGUAAUACAUUUUAUAAAGUGUAAUUAUUGUAAAUGCAUGUGUUGGGAUCGAUUUUCUGCUUCAGACUGACGACUUUAAAUUUAUUUUCAUUCUCAUUUUUGAACAGAACAAAUGCAAUGACAUUUUGAAAACAGUUUAUUCAUUCCUUCACCAGCCAUAAAAACACUUUGCACAUACAAAACAUCAAAAAAUCUAUUGCCACUUUAAAAAAAAAAAAAAAAA